GGAGUUUGUGUGCUGGAGAGAGGAAGCAAAUUUGCACGGAGACGAACACGUGAGAGAUGGCAACGAUUACAGUCCCUCAAGUUAUCCCUUCUCCGACUGAAGACGCUGAUGCACUCAUGAAGGCUUUUCAAGGAUGGGGCACUGACGAGCAGGCAGUGAUCUCCAUACUAGCUUACCGGGACGCAGAGCAGAGGAAGCAGAUCCGGCUGGCGUACCAAGAGAAGUACGACGAGAGCCUCCUCCAGCGGCUCCAAUCCGAGCUUACCGGUGAUUUCCAGACGGCGAUGUGCCACUGGGUGCUUGACCCCGUGGAGCGACAGGCCGCGAUGGCGAACGCCGCCACGAAAUGCAUCCACGAGGAGUACCCCGUGAUCGUGGAGAUCGCGUGCGCCAACUCGCCCACCGAGCUCCUCAAAGUGAAGCAGGCCUACCACGCCCUCUACAAGUGCUCUCUCGAGGAAGAUGUCGCCGCAAGUGCCCCCGCCGGAAAUCUCCGUAGCCUCCUGCUUGCUCUGGUGAGCACUUACAGGUACGACGGCGAAGAGGUGGACGGUGGGCUAGCCAGAUCGGAGGCGGAGCUCAUCCAUGAGGCCGUGAAGAAUGGCGAAAACGGCACAACGGAUGACGGGGAGCUCAUUAGGAUUCUGGGCACGAGAAGCAAAGCCCAGCUCGGUGCCACGUUCAGCUGCUUCAGAGACGAGCACGGCACCACCCUCACCAAGGUCGUCACCCAAUCAGGCCCUGCGGCGUGGAUCCGAUCCCACGGGCUACACGCGCGCGCUGCGGACCACGGUGAGGUGCGUCUGGGACGCCAACAAUUACUUUGUGAAGGUCCUGAGGAACGCGAUGCACGAGUCAGCGGGGACCGACGAGGACAGCCUGACCCGGGUGGUGGUGACGCACGCGGAGAAGGACCUCAGGGACAUCAAGGACGUGUUCCGGAAGACGACCUCCGUUGCCUUGGAGCAAGCCAUCGCCAAGGAGACAUCCGGUGACUAUAAGACCUUCAUCGUGGCUCUCGUUGGAAGCCAAUGAACAACCCAAGACCUGGUUAUAUCUACUAGUAUUGCUGUAGUCUGUCUUACUGUCUGUUGCAGACUUUGCAGUUACCUAAAUCGAAUAAGCCUGCUUGGUUCAUUAACCAGAGCUAACUAAGAACUUUGAAUAAAAUUCACUUCUUACGAGAAGAAAAUUGUACCAAGUGAUAGUAUGUACUAUCACAAAGCCAAAGAAAGAAGAAAACGGAGAAUUCAUUUGGAAGUGAAAAA